AUGUCAAGAUCUAUCGAACUAACCAAAAUAAUUAAAUCAAGAUUUACGAAGUCACAAUCUAAUCAAUCAAACCAUGCUUCCAUUAAUGAGACUUCAUCUACCGCACAUGACAAUACUUCAUCAACUACAAAUAUAACGUCUGUUAAAGAAUUAAGUGAGCAAAAAGAUCAACAAGAUCUAACGAGAACAUUAUCUCAAUCUACAUCAGAAGAAACAAUAUACAACUCCAAAACUAAUUUCCAAAAGGCAUUAUACAUCAUUAAAAAAUAUAUAUCAUUUGUAGGUCCAGCGAUAAUCAUAUCAGUUGCAUAUUUAGAUCCUGGUAAUUAUUCAACAGCAGUAACAGCAGGUGCAAAUAAUAAGUAUCAUUUAUUGUUCAUUACAUUUUUAUCAAACAUUAUAGCGAUUUUUUUACAAAGUUUAUGUAUCAAAUUGGGAAGUGUUACUGGGUAUGAUUUAGCAAGAUGUUGUAGAGAAUAUCUACCCAAAAAGUUGAACUUGGUGUUAUGGGUAUUAGCAGAGUUGGCAAUUAUUGCUACUGAUGUUGCUGAAGUUAUUGGAUCUGCAAUUGCUUUGAAUAUAUUAUUGAAAAUACCCUUACCUGCUGGUGUUGUUAUUACCAUUGUUGAUGUAUUAUUUGUAUUGAUGACUUAUAGAGCAGAUACAUCAUCUAUGAAAUUCGUCAAAAUUUUUGAAACCACAGUUGGAGUUCUAGUGCUUGUUGUUGUUAUAUGUUUUGCUAUACAAUUAUCAAGAAUUCAUGCAGAUGCUAGAGAUGUAUUUUUAGGUUAUAUACCAAGUAAAGAAAUGUUUAGAGGUAAUGGUAUGACUAUAGCUACUUCAAUUAUUGGAUCAACUGUAAUGAUUCAUUCCUUGUUUUUAGGUUCAGGAUUAGUUCAACCAAGAUUAAGAGAAUUUGAUGUUAAACAUGGAUAUGUUAAAUUGAAUGAAAUUUAUGAAAAUUCAGCCAACAUGGAAAAAUCAAAUUAUGAAAAAGAAUCGGAUUUUUUUUACAAUAACUACAAACCAUCCUACAAAGCUAUUAAUUAUUCAUUAAAGUAUUCAAUAAUCGAAUUAAUUAUUACUUUAUUCACAUUAGCAUUGUUUGUCAACUCUGCAAUUUUGAUUGUUGCAGGUUCAACAUUAUAUGGAACACCAGAAGCUAUUGAUGCAGAUUUAUAUACAAUUCAUGAUUUAUUAUCUAAAACUAUCGCACCGGCAAUGGGUACAAUUUUCAUGGUUGCUUUAUUGUUUAGUGGCCAAAGUGCUGGUAUUGUUUGUACAAUAGCAGGACAAGUUGUUUCUGAAGGUCAUAUUCAAUGGACAUUAAAACCAUGGUUAAGAAGAUUAAUUACAAGAUCAAUAUCCAUUGUGCCUUGUCUAAUUAUAAGUUUAUGUAUCGGAAGAAAUGCAAUGGGUGUUGCUUUAAAUAUUUCACAAGUUAUUAUAUCCAUAUUAUUACCUCCACUAACUGCUCCAUUGAUUUAUUUCACUUGUUCUAAAAAGAUAAUGAAAGUUAAAAUUGAUUUGAAUGAAGAUAGUGAUGAUGAUGAUAAUUUUAAAAAUAUGGCUAAUAAUUGGAUAACUACUAUUAUUGCAUGUAUAAUUUGGAUAUUUGUUUCGAUUUUAAAUGUUUAUGCUAUUUAUCAAAUGUCGAAAAAUGGUGUUUCUGGAUAG